ACCAGUCAGUGCUUCUCCUCAGAAUCAAGAAACACCAUGCCAUGAAAGAUCGUAAUGUGGUUUGCUGGAGAAUCUCAAUCUAGUUCAGCUGCAGAACAAUCAAACAAUUUUGACCAUCCAUCCAGUUGCAGCCUUCAGCCACCCCUUCCUAAGUAUCAGAGGACUCCUAUGAUUGGCACCAAGAAGAGGAGAUUCAAACAAUCAGCGGAAUCAACAUGCAAGAUCAAAAUGCCUGGGCCAAUGUGCUCCUUUCUUGCCCAUAAGACAUAAACUGCCUAUUGGCAUCCUGCUUAGCUCAGAUUAGUCUGAUCAGUAUAUCACGCCCGGAGUCCAAACUGCCUGGAUACAUAUGAAAAUGGGUUUGUAGGUCUUUCAGUUUUGAACAAGACCAUUAGUUAAAACAUAAACUCCAUAGAUUACUUCUCUCUUCAGAAUAUUUUCCUUCUGUUGGUUUCCAUCAUCUGUCACCAUCAAUAGAUCGCCAGACCCUUGAAGAAAAUGCCUUCUUUUGCAGCAUUUGCUCAUCAUGCCUGGAAACAUUUUGUGGCCGAGAAGAAGCCUGGCUGGAAGAACCUGUUGCAUCUGUUUGCAAUCUGCGGCCCUGUCAGUUUAAUAGCAAAUGUGUUCCUGUUCCUAGCAGGGUAUUCCUUUCUAAUGGACUAUCCCAUGUUCUCUGUGGUCACAUCCAUAUUCCUCUGGAUUGCCCUUUCCUUUGGUUUGUGCUUCUCCAGGCAUCUACGCUGCUUUACUGCUGUUUUCUUCUUUUCCUGUGGACUGCGCGAAGGAAGAAAUGCCCUAAUUGCUGCUGGGACUGGUGCAGUGGUAGCAGGCAACAUCCAAAACAUAUUUUACAACUUGAAGCAGCUGGUAGAUAGCAUAACUUGUAUCCUUGAAUCCCAGCGUUUUUCCUUUCUUGGCCACUACACUGAAGCAAUUCGGUGGCUAUACAAUCAGAGCAAGGUCUUGGGCAACCCACUUAAAUAUGUUGUGACAGUUGAUGACAAGCUGAACGUGUCUUACUCAGUUUCAGAUGAAGGCUUGAAGUUGAGGCUAAGCAAGACGAGACUCCACAUCCAGAAUGUUGCCAGCCAGAUCUCCUCCAUACUAGCCCUCCAACCCUAUUUGGGCAAGAAAGUUCUCCCUCUACUGGGGAUUGCUUUCAUUCUUCUUGGGACAUACCAUUUCAUCAGAAAAUUCCUGAGUCCCCACAACGUCAAGUUUAAGAACACUUACAUUACGAAAGAGUUUAUUCGAUAUAAUGAGCAACAGUGGCAGCAACAAAAGCUCUCCGUUCUUCCUCUUAGUAAAGAAGAAAGAACGCUGUACACUAUGGUCCCGUCUUUUCGCCAAACAUACAAAGAAAGGAAAUGCACGGCACGCUUUUUUCUCCCUGUGCUUGCUAACCUUUCCAUUUGGGCUCUCUUUGCAGCAGUCGAUUAUUUGCUUUACUGGGUCAUUUUUUCAGUGAGCAAGCAUCUCCAAGACUUCCCUGAGCUAGAGGUCCAUUUGAAAUUGUAUUACCAGAAAAAUGCAGAUAGAUUCAUAUUCAACAAUGGGAAGAUUGUUGACAAUAAGACUUCAUUUACGAUUCCUCUCUUUGCACAUGUCUGUAUCCCCAAACCAAAGCUUUCCCACUCUGCAACAUGGAUCCAACUGGGAGUCAUCAUCUUCUUUUUAACAGUGCUUGGGUUGUUGGCGUCUACAUUUACACAGCUUAAAAUCCUGGUGACAUCAUCAUUCUUUCCUAGCACAGACAUGAAACGGAUAAAAUAUCUGCACUCAAAAUUAUUAAACAGAAGAUCAAGGCUCCUAGAGAGAAAUGUGAACAGGAAGCUGAAUUCAUUUGCAACGUUACAUUUCUGGUUCCCAAUUCUCCAGCCAAUGAGAAGUUCCAGGAAGAAAGAAACAGUCGUGGCAAAAGUCAGCAGCAUUUAACAACAUAAAGAAAAUCUUUGUAAAGAAAUUCAUGGUUCUACAAGUGAAUAAAUGGUCUGGUGCACUUGGUUUCCCCCCCCCAACAUUCAUUCACUUUUCACCUCUGAAUCUUACCCUUGUCAUUCAGCUUUGAAGUCAUUAAAAUGUAUAAACGCAUCUCGAUACCUCUCUAUAAUCCACAUAUUUCUUUCAGUAUCUGCCUCCCUCCUGCGCCUUCCAUUAGAACUCAGAAUUGGUCCCUUUUCUGCUGCCUUUUUCUUAUCUUUGCCAAUGCUCUUUUCUGUGGGUG